AUGAAUGGGAAAAAAAAUUUUUUGGUCAGCAAUGAAGAAAAAGAGAACAUCCCUUUAAGUUCAACAUCAAAACGUUCGUCGAGAUCGUCAUCUAGUAGUUCCAGUUCGUCUUCUAGCGUCAACAGUAGCAGUUCGUCAUCUUCUAGCAGCAGCUCUUCCUCUCGAUGUUGUUCACUGGAACAAGGACGAUUUGUUUCCCAUAUCUUAAAAGGUAAAGAAAUUGAAGCCCAGCCUCAGUCUUUAUCAUCUAGAACUACUUCACCUUCAAUACUAGAAUCCGUAAUUUUAACACCACGAACUCCAGCUGUACAUUACCGUAUAUCGCCAAUGAAUUCAGAAGAGAGUGAUGCUGAUAUUAGUGACAAUGAUCCCACUUAUAAUGAACAUCAAGGUAGAAAACGUUCGCCAAGCUCAUCUUCAAGUUCCUCUGAUGAUGGUACUUCUGAAGUAGUUGCAACAUCGCCCAGGAGAUCGAAGAAACGUAAAGCUGAUCCUACUAAAUGGAAGCAAAAUAACCAAAAGAUAAAACGAAAUGCAGGAGAACAAUACAUUUCUACUAAGACUAGAAACGUUGUUCCUGCGCGUCAAAUGAAGAGUCCAUGCAAUCAGAAAUGCAGAUUGAAAUGCAGCGAAAAUUUUGAUGAGGCUAUAAAAGACUUCAACAUUUCAAAUGUUUUUGGGCACUAG